AUGCGCUAUCAGAACUGGGACGUGCUCAUAUUUCCUGACCAGUCCAAAGUCCCCCAGCAAGAAUUCAAGACUUCUUGCCAGAUUGUUCAAGACUCAGAAAUUUUUGAUCCAGAUAGACUGAUACCAGUACUUCCCACAGUAACUUGCUUUAUUCCAAGUCUCAAGGCUGGUAAUGCUUUUCGAAUCUCUAUUCAUAGCUGGGAAAAGCCAGAGUAUACUCAUUACAGUCUUGGAUUGAAGAAAUCCAAUAGAAUAAGUUUUGAAGCCCGUGUCUAUAUCGAUGUGAUUGUUGAUGAGCCUAGAUCAAAAUUAUUUGACGACAACGGCCCGUGGCCCAUUAUUAUAGACAGGGAAAUAGGAUUGGAUACCCAUCAAAAACCAAAGGCACUCAAGUUUCCUGCCUUUCAUAAAGAGCUGGUUUCUCAGAGUUAUUGGAGCCCAGUAGAUGAUCUCGGUCGAAUUAAAGUAGUUAUUACAGAGUGUAUAGCUCGAGAAGAUGCUGGUUAUCAGUUUGAGCGUAUUAAGAACAUGUUAUCUUUCUCAUUUCAACACGCACCGCUUCAUCUAUUGGAAAUUUCCUCCAUAGCUUGGCCUAACCUAGCUAUGUGGCGACGGGUCACCGGUGCUUUCUCACAGAAUUUACCUACAAAUAACAGGAUUAACGGUGGGGAAAACCAUGAAUCUUGCGCAAAAUCUCCACAACUCUUUACAAGUCCUACCGGAUCUGCCUACGCUGGAGCUGUUCUUUCUCGACUAGUCUGCAACGCGAAAGAGGUUACUAAUGAUUAUAAUGAGCCGGAUAAUAUUGCCCUUAAUAGUUGGCAGCAAAGUUCUGAUGUUCAUGCGUCACAAGAUGAUACGAGAAAUAGUACUUGCACAUUUUGUCUACCUAAUCUCGAUUCGCUAUCAUCUGAAAGCGAAUCAAAGACAUCACUUGAACAAUACGAGUCUAUGGCACCAGUCGUCACGUCUCGAAUUAAGAGGAAGCGUUUAAACGACGAAUUGGCAUCUCCCUCCAAAUUUACGACGAGUACUGGGGAAUAUUUAACAACGGGCAACGAUGGAAUUUACUCCCUAUCGAUGCCAGAUUCGAGUCUCUUCGAUUUCCGAGGCCUCCGAGAGUCAGAGGGGCUAUGCGAUAUGGAGGCGAACGUUAGCAAUGACUCACAGGUGUUUCACAACGAAGAUUUAUGCACGUUUACCUCUAGAAGUUCAUAA